UGCGGGUUAAAAAAAACAGUGGUGUAGGGAGCAGCGACAUGUGAGGAUGCAGUUUUCGGAAGGAACAUUUCAAAAGUUAUUUUUCGCCUCUUUUCUCGCUCCCGUGGGGCAAAUGUGUCUCUAAAGUGUUCAGCUAUCUAAAAGUAACCGUGUUUUGAUUUGGUUGUACAUAAAAUUCUCAAAAAAUGCAGAGGAACCAAAGACCGAAACCAGGCCCAAACGCUGCGGACUCGCCUGAGGAAGACAAGGCCGGGUCAGCGGAGCCGCUGUCGGAUACACAGGCAAUCAUGGCCGCCCUGAAGCGGACUGAGCAGUGUGUGCUAACUAAAAUCGACUCAACGGUGACGGUGGCUGUAGGUGAAUUGCACACCAAAAUAGACAACCUGUCGAGGGACUUAAGAUCAGAAAUCUUCAAUGUGCGCACAGAGUUUACUAAGGUUGUUGAAGAUGUUAGGAAGGAGAACGCAACUUUCGUAACGCGCAUUGAAGGCCUUGGGGAGGGGGCUAAUUGCUAUGCUAACCGGGUAGUGGAACUCGAGGCUAAAGUUACUACGCUGUCCUCACAAGUAAACAAGUUGGUGGACAAAACCGAAGAUCUAGAGUCUCGACCACGGAGAGAUAAUUGUCGACUAGUUGAUGUGGCGGAAGGGACUGGGAAUAUUCAACCAGAGAAAGCCAUAGCUCAACUACUGCAGGAUGCUCUGAGCCUGGACUACACACCGACGCUUGACCGUGCACAUAGGGGCUUGCAGCCGAAACCAGCUGAUGGGGAUGCCCCGAGGCCGAUCAUCAUUAAAUUCCACUACUUUCAGGAGAAAGCAGAUAUUAUACGGAAAGCCAUGGGAGCGCGGCCCAUCUUCCACAAUGGCAAGCGUUUCUACAUCUACCCGGACUACACGCUCUCGGUGAGGAAAAGGAGGGUGGCGUUUACUGAGGUCCGGGGGCUGCUGCGCAGAUGCCCUGGUGUGAAGUAUGGACUUGUGUAUCCAGCCACACUUAAAAUCACAACCUCAGCUGGAGAUCAAAAGUUAUUUGAAGACCCAACCAAGGCAAAGCACUACAUUGAGACGGAUUUGCACCCGCGGGAUCCGGAGGGAGAGUGAUAAUCAAUAUUGGGGCCAUGACAGGUACUGUUGGAGCUGCAGGAUAAUGUCACAGCCUGUGUCACAAUGACUACAUUUUUGACUGUUAAUUACACUACAGUUGGUUGCGCUUUAUGUGUGGACUAUGGACAAUGAGUCAGGGAAAUUACAACAAUACAGAUUUUCUUAAGUUAUAGCUGUUUAUAUCUCCCAACUGUAGGUGUUUAAGGCUGUUUUAAGUUAUGACCACAUAAGUGCAGCAAUGUCGGUACUAUGAGAAGGGCCAUGUUUCAUUUAAAUUCAUAUUGUUCUGCCCUUGCACAGUUCAGUCGAGUGUUUAGGUUAGUCUUGACGUGUUAUAUGCCUAAGAGUAGGACGAGUGUUUGUAGGGCAGUCUCAGGCUUUAAGAAGACCAGCCCGGGGAUCGAGGAUGAUUUUGCCAACUUUCAAGUCCAGACCAUGUAUCCAGUGGCAGAGUUAUGGCUCCUGAUGCUGUAUAAACAACAAGGUGCAUUCUCUUUCAUCAGCUGGAAUGUCAAAGGCCUAAAUAAUAUGGUGAAACAGAGUAAAAUAUUUGCCCAUUUAAAAUCAUUGAAGCCUGAUGUGAUGUUUCUGCAGGAAACACAUCUGAAUAUUAACUCCCAAAAGAGACUAAGAUGCAGUUGGAUUGGACAAGUGUAUCACUCGCGUUUUGAUUACAAAACCAGGGGCACAGCAAUUUUAAUUAGAAAGGGGAUACCUGUUGAACUCUCUGAAAUAAUAUCUGAUCCCAAUGAUAGAUAUAUUGUUGCAGUUGGCAGGUUGUUUAAUACUCCUUUAAUAUUGGCUAACAUCUAUGGACCGAAUUGGGAUGACUCAAAGUUUUUCAUAAACUUCUUCUCAGCCCUCCCUGACCUCAAUAGGCUACCUAUAAAUUGUUACUGGGUGGUGAUUUUAACUGCGUUCUCCAUGCCCACCUUGACAGAUCCAACCCUAGACCUAAUAGUACCCUGUCAACAUCUGCGAUAGCUAUAAACUCCUUCCUGCGCUCCUGUGGCCUAUCCGACCCGUGGCGGACAAAACAUCCUAAUACUAAACAAUUUUCGUUUUUCUCCCCUGUCCACCAUAGGUAUUCCAGGAUUGAUUAUUUCAUUGUAGAUGACCAAUUACUUCCCUUAAU